CUCUCUACACGUUUUCUUUAAUAAAGUGUUUUUGGGAGUUGUCUGUGAUUUCUUUUUGUUUGAUUUUUUUAUGAUAUUGUGAGAUUCUUAGGAACAAGGAACAAGCGGUUGAGAGAAUUGAGGAAGAUAGAGGGUUUCGAGCUCCAUCACUGGUGGAGCUUACGGUUGAGAAUUCUGAGCUUACGAUUAAAGGUUAUUGGAGGUGUAGAAGAUUCCCCAUUUGUCAGCCAUCCGAACACGAUCGCGUAUCCGGAAAACUUCUUUGAAGACGCUCAGGCUCUCGCUACGACGAGUCAUCGUCGCUGGCCUGAUCUCAGUCAAGAGUGGACACGUCAUUCCCAGGAUCGUGCCUUACGAGAGACUUACUGGAUAUCUAACCAAGCUCCGAUCAUCAACCGAAAAAGGAAGAGGCGAUUGUCACUCUUUACUAGGAAACAGCAGGGGUUACUCAACAAGGCUAGGGAAAUGGAUGGAGUCCCGGACUUAAGCGCUCUCCUGAAGGGACAACUAAAGCUUUUGGCGACUAAGGAUAAGGCCCCUUCUUCCAGCGCUGGCGCUGAUCCUGCUUCUGCUAGGACUUCUCUUCCGACUGAUCCGGAAGUUCAGGAACGACUCCCCGAGGUAGGAGCUUCCGAUCCGGGGUCCGCAGCUGGUUCCGCUGAAAACAAGAGGAGAAAGAAGAAAUCGGGGAAGAAGAGGGCUCGUGAUGAGUCUGCGAGCAACGAAACGGAGGUGGCUGCUGAUGUGGUAAACCAGCAUGACCCCGAUCCGUCUGAGGGAACUGCCCCAUCUGAGUCCCUUGAUAAGAAGAAGAGGAGGAAGAAGAAGAAGGAUGCCGAGAACUCUGUCGCGUCGCGGGACGGCAUCGUUGAUCCUUCUCUUGGAGUACAAUCUGAGGGAAUCCUGGAGGAGCCUUCUGUUCUCGCCAACUCUCCUCCCCGUGAUGAAGUUCUUCUCCGAAAAGAUGCUUCCGAUGCUUUGGGGCAGUCGGGAGGAAGUCCUAAGAAGAAGAAGAGUAAGGAUGUGGCGGGACCUCUCAGUAGCGUGCAAAGCGCACCACAGCUCGGCGGAUCAGCCGGUGGGAACUUCCCGGUGAGAGGGUUGGCUCCGGAUUUCAGGGAUCGGAUCAGCUUUUCCUAUGACGAGAGGAUGCCAUUGAUUCUGAAUCCUCCGCGAUGUGCUGAGUUGACUCGCCAAAUUCGAGGAGAUCCUGUUGGUCUGCCUCCGGUGGAAGAGCUUACGUUCAAGGAGCUGUACGCCGAAGCUGCAUGUUCGAGCAAGCGGAAUGAAGCAAACAUGAACUUGCUUGUCGCGGCGUAUGAAGGGGAGUUGAGACGCACUGUAGUUCAGUUGGCAGCGGCGGAGAAGCUUGCGAGGGUGCGGCAGCUCGCGAUCGAUCGCGUAAAGGGGGAGCUCAAGGAGGCCAAGGACAAAGCCAUCGAGGAUAAGGAGAUCCUCCGAGAGCAGUUCGAGAAACUCGAGGGGAAACUGAAGUCUUCUCAAUCCGUAAAGAAGAAGUUGAGUGACGAGAACGCGGCUCUGAAUAAGAAGAUCGCGGCUCUAGAAGAACAUAAUGCGUCCAUCUCCGCGGAAUUGUCUUCAGAGGGAAAGCGGCUUAGGGACUCCCGAAUUCACGAGGUUACUCAGGAGAGGGUGAGGGUUCUGAGUGCGAUAAUCGCCAAGGCUAACGUCCGCUUCAACAACAUCCGGGACUGCGAAUCUGGUCGAGGUGAAUUCGACCUAGCCCGCAACCUUUACGGGCAAGCGAUGGGAACGAAGAAGUGUAUUGAGAUGAUCUUGAAUAGCGGCUCUCCGCUCACGCAGGAGCACGUCGAUUUCUUCGCUGCGCAGGAGAAACAAUAUGAGGCGGAGGUUGCCCGACUUGCAGUAAAACCUAUCCCGGAGUCUGAUCUUUCGCUGGCGCCUCUAGUUCUUCCAUCUCAGUAUGUUGACGAAGAUGCUUUAGCGUCGCUUGAUCUGUUUGGAUCUAACAUGAGUGUGAUGAACUCUGAUGCUGUGGCUCUUCUUCAGCGAAACCGAGCUUCCUGCUAAGACCGCUACUCCAAGUAGAGUCGUCGAAACCGAGUCCUCUGCUAAAGGUCCCCCGUUCAUGAUUUCUGAUGGGUCUUUAAGCGAGGAGGAAGGCGGGAUCGGUGAUUCACCUUCUCCUCUUCUCGUUAAUAACGAAGUAGAAGCAGGAGGGAAGACGAUGGAUGCAGAGGCCGCUGGCGAGAGCGGUGGAGGAGCGAAGGAUGCGGCUGAUCUUGCUGGAGGGGAGGGCGCGACUGAUCCUGUUGGGGCAAAAGAUCGGACUGAUCUGGAGACUCAUCCCGAGGGUCGCGAGCCUUGACUCUCUUUGUGUGUUGUAAUAUUAUUUACUUACUCUCUUUUUUGGUUAGGGUCCCGUCGUUGUGACGUAGCUUGAUCCUUUUCUUUUUCCAUUCGGAUAUUGUCGCUUGUCUUUUUUCUUCAAAAUUAGCUGCGGGACUGUGGCCGCCUUUCGGAUAUUGUUGCUUUGCCCUUUUUUAUCGACUUAUUCUCUCUUGCUUAUGAUGCUUCGUGAAGUUUUUUAUAGUUGACUCUUCCUUGCGUAUGAUGCUUCCAUCCAGAAACUAGCUUUGGUUGCUGAAAAACUCUUAAGGCAAGAAAGAGAUGUUCAGCUGCAAUUAUGCUCGCUGAAAGCAGGAAGUCUUCUGCAGGCGAGUUUAUUCGCCGAAUCAGAGUCUUCCGAAUCGCGUUUUGGCUCGCUGAACCCGAGUUCAAUUGCCAACUCUCAUUACUAAUCUGGGUUCACGAGCUAGUUCGAAGUACACUUGAUAGGCGCACCCUUAGGAGGUUCAACGAUGCCGUUAUCCAGCGCGACGGUAUUAUCGCCAUCUUUCUUUUUAUUUGCGUAAGGCAAGGGGCUUCUCUGGAGUCAAUUUUGCUCGCUGAAGUAACGUGCUUCUUCGAAUUGCGAAUUAAUUCGCUAAAGGCAGGGAGCCUUUCCAGAGGCGAUUUCAUUCGCCAAGGUAGGCCUGCUCAAAUCGUGAUUUAAUUCGCUGAUUUUGCCAGUGAUCUCGGCUUGAUUUGUAUGGUUUGGUUAUAGCUGCACCGGUUAAGGCUGCCUACGUACCUCAAAAAGGAUCAAGCCAUUCGUAGUACGUUGGAGUCGGGUAAGAGUGACGCGGGGGGUGCACUUACUCGACUCUUUUUUUUUGUUUUGUUAUGUUAUAGCUGCACCGGUUAAGGCUGCCUACGUACCUCUGAGGAGGAUCAAGCCAUUCGUAGUUCGUUUUUUUUGUUUUGUUUUUUUUUUUUUUUUUUUUACAAUCGUAUAAGAGUGGUCUUGAAGGCGCACUUACACGAUUGUUCUGUUACUGAAUGAAGUGUGUCCAGCGCCUGCUGAGCAGCAUCUGAGUUUAGGCGGAGUAACGCUUAAGGUGCAUGGAAUUCCAUGCUCGAGGGACUGCUUCACCGGUUGACGUUUCUAGACGGUAAACCCCAGGUUUGAUUACUUGCGUGAUCUUGUAUGGCCCCUCCCAGUUGGUGCCGAGCUUACCAGCUUUCCACUCCUUAGUGUUUUCAAAUACUUUUCUGAGAACAAGAUCUCCUUGUUCGAGAGGGCGCGACUUGACCUUUUGGUUAUAGUAACGCUCAAUUUGAUGUUGAUAAUUCUGGAUUCGGAGCAGGGCUUGAUCGCGGUAUUCCUCGAUUGCGUCAAGGGCGUCAAGUAGCAUACUUUGAUUGAGAUCAACGUGCUGAGGCAUUCGGGACCUGCGGAGACUGGUGACGUUAACUUCUGCGGGAGCCAUUGCUUCAACGCAGUAAGCCAUAGAGAAUGGGGUACAUUUGGUCGCGGAACGCGGCGUGGUGCGGUGAGACCAAAGGAUGCCGUCCAACUCGUCAGCCCAGCAACCCUUUUUCAAGUCGAGUCGUUUCUUUAGUCCGUCGAUAAUCGUUCGGUUAGACGACUCAGCUUGGCCGUUACUUUGCGGGUAUCGCGGCGUUGCGGUGUUCAGACGGAUUCGCCAUUUGUCGCAGAAAUCGCGGAACUGAUGAGAGAUAAAUUGCGAUAUGUUGUCUGUCACUAUCUCGUAGGGGAGACCAUGACGGCAGAUGAUGUUGCGCCAUACGAACUUCUGAACUUCCUUGUCUGUAACGCUCGCGAAGGCUUCUGCUUCGAUCCAUUUGGUGAAAUAAUCAGUAAGGACAAGGACGAAACGCUUUUUUCGUGAAUUUGGCAUUGGCCCGAUAAUAUCCAUUGCCCAACGCAUGAAAGGGUACGGUGCCGUGAGAGUACGCAACUGCUCGGUGGGGCAGUGGAUAGUAGGUGCAUGUCGUUGGCAUUUAUCGCAGCGUUUGGCAUAUGAUUCGCAGUCAGCGUUGAGAGUAGGCCAGUAAAAGCCUUGGCUUCGAACUUUGAGUGCUAGGGCUCGUCCGCCAGAAUGAUUACCCGCCGCGCCUUCAUGGUUUUCUGCCAUGACAAGUCGCGUUUCGUCGCCGGAAAUGCAUUUCAGGAUGACCUUGUUGGCAUUCCAACGGUGCAGUUCGCCAUCGAUAACAACGUAAUGGGCGCUGCGUGCCUUCAGUCAUCUCGCCAGCCACCUAUCCUCAGGGAGACUGCCAUGCGCUAAAUAGUUGAUCAGAUCGGUGCGCCAGUCAGGAGUUUCGUCGGACGAGGGAUCGAUGUCCAUAUCGUCGCCGACAGCCACUGCAGCGACGGAGGCGGUGCUGACGUCGGUUUUUGCGAUGCUGGGGCUUUCGAUCCGGUGAAUGGGAAUUGUCCGCUUGAUCUGAUUGUGUAGCUUACUUCCAAGGGCCGCCAGAUCGUCAGCGCAAACGUUCUCUCCUCUCGGAACUUUGGUGAGUUCGAAAAAUUCGAAGUCUUUAGCGAGGUCCUGAACGAGCUUGAGGUAUGCGUCCAUACGCGCAUUGUGAGCAUCGUACUCGCCAUUAUAUUGACUGGCGACGAGCUGGGAAUCGCAGUAGGCGCUGAGACGUUUGGCUUUGACUGUUUUGGCGAGACGCAGACCAGCGAGGAGGGACUCGUAUUCAGCCUCGUUGUUGGAGGCAUGGAAGCCGAAGCUAAAAGAUUGUCUUAUUAGCUCGCCUGUUGGAGAUUGAAGUUGAACGCCGGAUCCUUUGUUGGUGGAGGAGCCGUCAACGUGCAGAAUCCAGUUGCGAGACGAGACGGCAAGAUCCUGUUCGAGUUCAGGUGUGAGCUCGAUCAGAAAAUCAGCGAGGACUUGGGACUUCGCUGCUGUCCGGUUCUUUUAUACGAUAUCGUGCUCGCUAAGCUCCAUCGACCACUUCGUUAGUCGGCGAGAGUGGUUGGCGUUCUGCAUGAUUGUUCGUAGGGGCUGAUUGGAGAGAACUUCUACCGUGUGAGACUGGAAGUAUGGACGAAGUUUUCUCGCCGAGUGUACCACUGCGAGCGCCAUUUUUUCUAGGGUGGGAUAGCGGGUUUCGGCUUCGGUCAUGCGUUUGCUUGUGUAGAAGAUGGGUUUUUGCUCUCCCCGAUCUUCACGGAUGAGCACGCUGCUGACGGCGAUAGGCGUAAUGGCGAUGUAGAGGGUGAGAAUGUCACCUGCUUCCGGUUUUGAGAGGACUGGAGGGGUAGUCAGAUAUUGCUUGAGUUGGCCAAAGGCUUCCUCGCAUUUGUCGUCCCAAAUGAAUCUUUUGUUUCCUCGCAGCAACUCGAAAAAAGGGAGACAUUUGUCGGUAGACCGCGAAAUGAACCUGUUGAGCGCUGCUAUUCUGCUGGUGAGGCGUUGCACUUCGCGGCUGUUCUUUGGACUUGGGAGAUCGAGGAUCGCCGAUAUUUGCUUGGGAUUAGCUUCGAUACCUCUCUGAGUGACGAUGUACCCGAGAAAUUCGCCAAACGUGACGCCAAACGUGCAUUUGGUCGGGUUAAGUUUCAUACCGUACUCAUUGAGUGUUGUGAAGCAGUCCUGGAGGUGCGUUAGAUGAUCUUCGGCGCGGAGCGACUUUACCAGCAUGUCGUCGAUGUAGACUUCCAUCGUGGAACCCAGUUUAUCGGCGAACAUGCGGUUGACGAGGCGCUGGUAGGUUGCUCCGGCGUUCUUGAGACCGAAUGGCAUUACCUUGUAACAGUAAGUUCCCCUAUCAGUGAUGAACGCUGUUUUCUCCCGGUCGUCAGGGUGCAUCAUGAUCUGAUUGUACCCAGAGAACGCGUCCAUGAAUGUCAGGAGGGCGUUCCCAGCGGUCGAUUCGACAAGACGAUCGAUUGCGCCUACUCGCAACACCUGAGGCACCGAGUGAAGCCGAGUUUUUACUCGCCAAUGACGGUUGUCUCUUGUUUGUCCUGCGUGUUGCCUUCCUCGACGAGCAACGGGAGGGAUGAUGUCUGUUUGACGUAUCGAGAGGAAAAUCUACUUGCCUAUUUCAAAUGCAUUCGCGAGUAAAUUUACUCGCCAGACACCGUGCUCCUCUAGUUUGAUCGUGUUCGACUCGAGAGUACCGUUACUCGCUGAACCACAUCUCUUAUUAGUCGGUGAGUCUUCUCGCUUACCAUUAGCGUCUCUCCGGAGGUCCGCGUUUGUAGACUGUCGUGGUAGACGAGAGUCUACUCGCCGAGCUGGAGUCUUCUUUCGUGAAAAGGGUUUACUCGCCAAAGUGAGAUGUCCCAAGAGGAUUGAAUUUAUUCGUCCAAGGCGAAGUAUCGAGUGGUGGAGCUCUGCUCGCAUCGGUAGCACGACUCCAACAAAGGAGUGUCUCCUCGCUGGAGAUGAAGCAUCUGCGAAGGGAAAUUUGCUCGCUGAGGAACAGGUGGUCAAGGGGCGAAUCUGCUCGCUACAGGCGAUGCUCUGCUCGCGUCGGUAACACGGCCCCAAUAAAGGAGAAUCUCGUCGCUAAAGACGAGGUAUCUGGAAAGGCGAAUCUGUUCGCUGCAGAUGACGUAGCUGAGAAGGGAGGUUUAUUCGCCAAGGUAGACCUGCUUCGAUGGAGUAGUCGUGCUUCGUCGGAACGGAGAGUUGUAACGGAGCGAGUUUGGUUCCCAAAAAUGGCAAAUUUGCUCGCUGAAGAUAAUGCUUCUGCGAGAGAGGUUUGCUCGCUGAAGGUAGUAAGUUCGACGGCGCGACUAUAUUCGUCAUACCGGAGCGUACGGUGGGAUGAGCUCUACUCGCUCAAGGUUGGACUGAUCUGAAGACUCAUCUCGCGGGUCUAAACCGUUUGAUGUUCCAAAGUAAACCGGUUGGCUUCGAUUUUGGUUUGGUUCGAGCGGACCGGUUUCGAUUGAACCGACUUCUGGUUCGAUGAAUUGCUAGGGUUUCGCGACUCAAACCUUCGGGCUUUUAGGCCCACCUAGGCGUUUUUAGGCCUUUUUAGGCGUAAUGAUGGUGCAUCGAGAUGUGUGCCCAGGCUUUACUAUAAAUGGGAGUCUUUUCCUGAUGAAGAUUCAUUCUUCUGCAUUGUCUCAGGUACUACUUUCUCUCUCUUUUUUAUUCUUUUUUUUAUUAGUUUCUCUCUCUAAGUCCGUUUCCGGGAGUAGAUAUGUUUCUUUUUGUGCGCUUGGUCGAUACCAUGACGUCUGGGAAGCGGUUAUCGCGAGAAGAGAAAGGGAAAUCGAUAGCCACAGCUUCGGUGGCGACUGGAGGCGAUUCCGGGGACGGGAGUCCGCUAGAGGAAUUCAGUCUAUUGCAUCGCGACGCGAUGAGGCAUACUGUCGGUAUGACUCUCGAUCAAAGACUUUUAGUCGCUGAUGCGCAUAGGUUGUUCCGCGAGGAGAGAAGCGUCCCUGUCGUCAUCGGGGAGGGAGAGAGUUCGACUCGGGUGGAUCCGGGGAUUGAAGUCCCGGGCGAGCCAGCGGUUCCUAAAGAAAGCGCUCGGAGAAGGAAGAGGAAACGAGUUGUUCAAUCGAAGAUUCCUCGCUCGUGGCUUCCGGAUUUACAACAUUGUAGGCCGACGUGCUACCAUCCAGGAGAGUUAUUUGAGGAGCUUCCUGCGCUUCCUCCCGAAUCCCUUCGCAGUCCUUAUGUGGAGGGGCAGGAAUGGGACAGAAUCGCAGGAACGUACUCUACUCAUAACAGUGUGAGGGAAGUGCUGCGAGAAAGCGGAGGAGUCGGGGUGACUUACUUGAUUCCUAACAGUCAGCAGAGACCGUGGUCUCCUCCAGUUGGCUAUCAGUGCUUGUAUGAGUCUUACUUUCAGGAGGAUACGAAACUUUGACAAUCAAGCAUAGAUGUUCCGGGAGGAGUUGGUUCGACCAUCAAACCACCCGAGAAGCAACACAGAUAUACGUUCAUUGUUCGAAGCAUAUCUUCUAAACCAUGAUGUUUCUUCGCUUGAAACCACUUGGAGAAUGUGCUCAACGCAAUUAUGGAACUCCUCGAAGAAGAAUCAGAUCAUUUUGGAGUUUAUCUUUGUUCUUCUUUUCUCUGAGUGAGAGAGAGUUCUUUAGCUAGUUCAUCGGUUUGAACCGGCUUGUUGAUUUGGUGGUCAGCCAAUCAUCUUUGUGUGUUAUUUGGUGGUUAGCCAACGCACUACAUCCGUUCUUUGGUGGUUAGCCUUCGAUCGUUGGUAUAUCAAGAGUCAUUCCGCACCUCUUGACGAUCCUAUCAAUCCAUCCCAGUUCCAGAAGUUCCUUCGACUUCUCGGUUCAUAUCCAACAUCCGGCCAAAGCCAUCCUUCCCGAUUUUGGGUUUAUCAAGUGGUAUCAGAGCCACUCUUCCGGUAACUCUAUUUCUAUCCAUUUUUCUCAUCUUCCAUUUUCUUUAAACACUUCUUCUUCUACCUUUCUUGAACCCGGGCCCCUCAUUACCAUCCACCAUAUAAAAAAAAAAAAAAAACAGAAAAGAGAAAAAAAAAAA